AUGCCCGCAUCUCUCUCUCUCUCCCUGUCUCGCUCUCUCUUUGCUUUGCUGCUUUACUGAGGGAAUAAGCUGCCGUCUAUUUUUGGACUUUAUCGUGGCCAUGUUUUUCUGUCCCCCUCUCUCUCUGUCACCGCUUUUUUGUGUUAAUGUAGGUUUUUAGACCAGCGGGCCGGCGUGCUGUUUGAUUCAUGUCUGGGAGAGUUGUGAGCAUCAAACAGCCUCCACCGUGUAGUUUUUUGGGCUUCUCAAUGGAAGACAUCUCUCCACUCGCUGCGAGCGAAGGAGUGCGGCACAUAUUCGCUUUGCGUGUGUAUUCCCGCAGAGGAGCGAGAGACUCUUUCUGAAUGAGGCUCUGAAGGGAAGGGGCGCGGGCAGCAGACCUGUCGGUGUUCGAGCGAGACCCGUUUGGCUGGACGAGCUCGUGCCGGCGGUUGUGGAUACCGUGGGCUGAAAGCCUUUUCACAUUUUGAUCUUACCCAGCAGCGAGGGUACGGGGGAGGUCAAGGUGGGAUACAUGGAUUUCACAAGAAGAGAAGAUUAAUUAGAAGGUUCAAACUCCUCCAGAAGUGAGACGCUGACCCUUUCCAAGCUUUUUGUCUAGACUAGUCAAAGAGCUUUCCCCCACUACUUUCCACUGUACCCUGUUUCUGCUGCUAACUUUAACCAGACAUCAUGGGUACAGUGUUAUCGCUGUCUCCUAGCUACCGCAAGGCAGCCUUGUUUGAGGAUGGGCCGGCCACGGUGGGCCACUACACCGCCGUCCAGAACAGCAAGAAUGCCAAGGAUGCCGCUGCUGCAGCAGCAAAGUCCCUAAAACGUCCCUCAAUCAUCAGUGUGCUCCCAUGGAAACGUAUAGUGGCUGUAUCAGCAAAGAGGAAGGGGUCUAAAAAAUUACAGUCAGACAGCGGGGAUGGAGGGAAAGGAAGCUCUCCGGAUGGUCAUGCAGCCGCCACCACCAACUCAGCCUCCAAUAGCCUGAAGCUCAAGAAGUCUCAGUCCUGUGCUAACCUCUCAUCCUAUUCAUCCAGCCAGGACCCAGCAGUCACCACUACCACUACCUCCUCCCACCUGCCCGCCUCCAAAACCUUGGCUAACGUAGCUACUGUCGUUGCCAAAAAGAAUUCCCUCACAGGUUCUGGGAUCCAGCCUUCCACUGCAGCUGGAACGCCAAAACGUGUCAUUGUUCAGGCAUCCACGAGUGAACUUAUGCGCAGCCUGGGCGAGUUCCUGUGCCGUCGGUGUUACAGAUUAAAGCGUCUAUCCCCGACAGAUCCAGUGCUUUGGCUGCGCAGUGUGGACCGCUCCCUCCUUCUUCAGGGCUGGCAGGAUCAGGGCUUCAUUACUCCAGCCAACGUGGUCUUCCUCUACAUGCUGUGCCGCGACGUGGUCUCAGCUGAGGUGGCCUCAGAGCGCGAGCUGCAGGCCUCACUGCUUACCUGCCUCUAUCUGUCCUACUCCUACAUGGGCAACGAGAUCUCCUACCCACUGAAGCCCUUCCUGGUGGAAGCAGAGAAAGAAGCCUUCUGGGACCGCUGCCUGGACAUCAUCAACCGCAUGAGUGGCAAGAUGCUCCAGAUCAACACCGACCCACACUUCUUUACCCAGGUGUUUGCUGAUCUGAAAAAUGAGAGCAAGAAAGAGGAAGAGAAGACCAAGCUCCUCAUAGGCCUUGACCGAUAAGAGGGCGCUGGGAGGGGGGGAUGGAAGGAUAGACAGUGAAUAGGUUAAGGACAGGAAGACUAAUGUAAUGCAGUGUAAUGUUACCUUUGAGCUGUAAUGUUGUCUGGCGUCUCUACUGGUGAUGAUUAACCAACUUUUCAAAUGUAGAAGAUAGAGCUCCUUGUGUGAAACAUAGUGUUGAUGAUAAAUUUACCCGAAGGCUGCAGUUAAACAACAAAGCAGAUAAAAUCAGGGUUGCUGAGGUGUUUCUCAAACCACCAGUCAUGUUGACUGGAUCUGAUUAGAUUCCCAAGAUUAACAGGCUACUUGUUGGCAUUCAGCAUCCAGGUCCCUGAGCUCAGGGUAACAAGUUUUAAAGCUGAGAUACAAUUGUUGAGAUUCCCAGCAACAAUAUAUCUGACAAUGAAGAAAAGGAAAGUCAUAUUUCAUCAAAAGCAUGGCUAGCAGAGAUCAUGAUGUGACAUUAACAGCAUGAUAGAGAGAGCAAGAGAUCCAUUGUAUUUACCUUUUACCUUGGGUGUAAAGAAAUUUGUCAGUCUGGCCUUUAUGUUAAGAAAUAAAGUCCCGACUAAGUUUUAUUGUGAAAGUUAAUAGAAACAUAAAUGGGUUUAGAGACGCCAGACAACACAGAUUUAGUUACUGAGGCUGGAUAUAUAAAUAUAUAUAUAUAUAUAUAUACUGUAUAUGUAUACAGUAUAUAUUUAGCAUUGAGGCAUUUUUAUCAAUAGAGAAUUGAACCACAUUGCAUGAGGUCACUUCAUAUGUCCUUGCACAUGACCACUUGCUUAUUGCCAACUCCGCUUUACCUUAUUCCUAAAGUCCUUCCCAAGCUUUAUUGCACUCAUCAAAAGUGGUUCUGCAAGGUCCAUUCGCAUAACACAAAGAGUAUUAACUUGCAUAGCGUGGAUGAGAUCAAGUCAACCAGAUUGUUUAAUUGGCACUCCUAUUUAUUGUACUGUAGUGGAUUCAUGCAUCCGCAUAUUAUAUAAAGUACUGUAGUUUUAAAGGAACAUUUGGGUUUAUCCAGUCAAAUAUUCUGGGAAUUAGGAGACCAUUUGUCUAUUUUUAAGAGUAUGACAUGCUAAUCCUUUUGGCACAGAUGAAUAAUUAUUAAACAAGCCCUUGUGUAAGCUGUUUACAUUUACAAAUACGUGGGAAAAUGCAAUACUGACCCCUCCAGGGCACAUUUUACACAGGGAAUGAGCUCAUUUAUUUCUCUUACCCUGCACUUUCUCCUGCAGUCCAUAUUGGUGCUGACAACAGAAAGAAAGAAAGAAAGAAAGAAAGAAAGAAAGAAAGAAAGAAAGAAAGAAAGAAAGAAAGAAUACUUUUAAAAGACUACACUCGUGUUGGGUGCAUCACACUGUAUGAAUGACUGGUGGUGAUGGGUCAUGGAGGAUAUGUUCUUAUAGCAGAUCAUGUGAUCGCUUUCUCAGCCAAUGACUACACACAUUAGUAAUCAAAAGUAAAUGUGAGUAUGCUCCAGCUGUGGAAGUGCAGAGCCAGACACAACAAUUGUAGAUGUGACUUUUCUUCCACAACAACACUUUGAUGUUGCUGUCACCACUUGGUGCCAGAGACCUCGGCUGCUGUUUGAAGUCCCAACACCCACCCCUCUUUCCUCUGCUCAUGGCUCUCCACAGCAACAUGGACAAAAUAAAUCAACACAGAUUCUCUCUCUCUCAUUUCGAUCGCUCCGGUCUGGUCUGAACCGGUCGUGUCCUGUCUGGUGCAGUUCAGUCCAGUUGUCCCAUAUUUAGAGACUCUCUGGUCCACUGACCUGAUGGCUUACUUAUUCACGGAGUUGUUUGACAUGCAUGUGUGCUUCUAUAGGUUUCCUAGCAUGCUGCUUUGUGUUGGGCACGCCAUGCCUCAUGUUACAAAAGAGACUGAGCAGUUGCUAUGCUGAACUGCUGAAAGCUAGACUGAGCGAUGUGACAUCCAGGCGCAAGGACGGUCCAAUGAGGACAAUAUGUGAAAGGUUAGAAGUGGACAUGCCAUUACUACAAAUCCAUCAGUCAAGGCAAGGUCAAGCACUUGCCCUUAAAACAGAUUUUUGGUAUUCAUGUACACAGAGGACUAAAAGGGCCCACCGAGAUUAGCCUCUAUGUCUCUUUAGUCACUUAUUUGGUAUGUCCAAAGAGAAAUCUGAGAACUAAUGAACUGUAAAAGCAAAAUGUUUUACAUUUUGGAUCAAACGUGAAUGCGAUCUUAGUAAGAAUUGAUUUAGAAGGUAAUUUCAUCUCGUUUCUGCAACUCUACCUGUUGAGCAUGUUGCUAAAAUGCAUCUUAUCCCUAAUCCUACCCCUAUGUGGCUCUACAGCAACCUAUUGUACAUUAACCAUCUGAGAUCUAAGCCCCAAACCCUAAGUUUUGUAGACAAGAAAAAAAGGGGUGUUUUGGACAAAUGUAAACACAUUUUGAUGUGUCAGUUAGAACCAAUAUGUUCUUUGUCCCCUUAUUGCUAGGCCUUAGAAAAAAUGAACAAAUAUUACAUAUUCUGAUAGUAUAGGGUGAUUACUUAGGCUUCAGAGGGUAAAGAGUACAAUAGUUCUGACUUUUGGUAAGCAGCCACGUUUUCAGGCUGAAAACUAAAAUCUCUAGACUUCCUGUCUAAAAAUGUGUGAUCAAACAAUUUCCAUAAUGUGCUUAAAUCUGGUACUUUUUUCUUCCUAAAUCACCUAAAGUCCACCUUUAAAGACCCCACAUCUUCAGAUUGUAUGGGUCUUUCUUGUUAGAAGUUUCAAGCCCAAAACUGAAUUUUAUGAAGAAGCUCAAAGGAAUUAUGAUUCAGUUUUGGAAAGCUCCUCCAGAAUCACAAGAGAGAUUAUAGAAGAGUUUUCAGUCUGUGUCACCAAUCAGUUUAUUGAAAACUUUGAUGGUCCAUUACAGGACCAUUGUAAGGGUAGUCCUUCAAAACAUUAUGAUGGAUAAAUGGAUAUACUGAUCUUAUACAUGUCCCCCUGAGGUGAGAGUGUUAUCCUUGAUGAUGUCAUAUCUCUAAGUCUAACAACACCCAAUAAGAUGUUUUCAGUUUUUGAAAACCUGCGCCCUGUCGGCAGGGCGGAGAUCUUGUGCCAUAUCAUUCUAAGACUCAUUAUUUCAUACAAAAAGAAAACAAAAAAAACAUGAGCCAAGAAAGACUAUAAAGUUGUCAUGAGUAAGCGUUUCAUAAUGUUGCUGCAUUGUACAUCCGACAUGUAGACCAGAAAAAAAAGACUUUCUUUACAUGGUAAGGAAUACAUGCCAAAAUGGAAAGCUUGUAAAUUCAAUAUACAGAGAAGUUGUGUGUGUCACUUUGCAAAAUGUAUGCCAAAAUUGGAGUCAUCCAACACUGGAGCGUUCAACAUUCAGUUUAAUUUGUGUAUAAUAAUAUUUGGCCUUCCCUUGUAAUAUGAAAAAAACAAAACAAACACAGAAAUGAAGACUUUGCUUUUAAAAAUGAGGAAAUGGAUUUUCAAUCAAACAGAAUGUCAUGCCUCUUUCCAGACUCGUUCUUCACAAAGCAGGAGAUGUUUCAUGUUCAGAUGAUUACCAACUGGGCUGCAGCGCUUUCAUGCUCUGAAGAAAAACAUGUAGCCUUGUUCCAGAGUCAGACCUCAUGAGACAAAUAUGCACUCUAAGAAUGAAUCCAUGGCAAACAUGCUUGUUUACAUGUCCUUCCUCCUAGCUGUUUCUGAUGGGUUGAAUAGUAGACAAGUAGCAUAUUCCUCAAAGGCAUUCACAAGGUGACUGUUGAAUAAUCCUGUUUGUAAUUUGUUAUACUUGACGAUCCAAAAGGAUCUCUCUCUGCAGGCAAAAGGAUAAAAGAAAGGUCAAAUGGUUACAAAUCAUCAACUCCAUAACAAGAUGUAUGUGAACUGUAAUAAGUUAAUGUUAUACAAGAAUUUGCAAUUUUUAUUCAUGUCAGUACUUUCAGUAUCUAACAGAUUUAAUAGAAGAAUGACAGAGUUUUCGAAUUAAAGGGUACAGGUUUGCUUAGCCCCACAACACAGGCCAAGCCUAUAGUUGUCUAAUCUUACAGUGAUAAGGGCAGCAGGUGUGGUGGCAAAUCUUAGAUUGUAAUUGAUCCAAAAAUAAAUAAUUAAUUCAUUACUUAAAAGAAUUCCAUAAAACAAAUUUCUCAUUUCUAGCUAACAAAGGUUACUGGCUUAAAGAACAACAGUAAAAGGCUAACUAACUUGAUGGCUAUUUGACAUAAACAUUAGCUAAAAUAUUCCCUAAAUUAUUUUUUAUUAUCUAUAGCUGAGUCAUGUCAAAAUUACUUGUUGGAAUGAAUUCUGUCUGUAAAAUGCACAGGUGAACUGUGAAUGCUAACAAUAGCAUUUGCCUUGUUUGUGUCACUAUAAUAAACCAGUUGCUAAAGCGAGCUAUUGCUUUAGUGGCUAGUAUUUUUUUAAAAGAAACCCUAUCGCCGACACUUAAUGGAUAAAGUGUGCAUAUAUGGUUGCUAAUAAACAGCUAAAUUGAAACUGGGAAAGCAAGACAACAGGUUUCCUAAUGAGAUGUAAUUGUCCAACACCCAUUGCCCUGUUAAAUGGGGAUUAGAUGUCACUGUGGUUGCCAGUGGUUGUUUGUCACUGGUAGUCUCUUACAAAACAACCUUUAACCAAAGCAUGUUCAGCAAAACACACCAAAAGUAAGGGUGAAGUAGAUGAACAUUUAUCAAGAGUUUUAGGAACAGACACACUCAAGCGGAUACAAAAAGUUAUUGAUUUAUUAGAGAAAUAUGAAAAGGUUUUUAAUGAAGCAACUGGUUGCUACAAACAACUUCAUGCUUGAAGACAAAGGCUACAGCUAACAAGCAUAAAGUCAGCUUCUUCACCAAAUAAAAACAUUGGUCUUAUCAACUUAGUCUGUUCAGUUCAUACCUUAUAGGGAAUAAUGUCAGUAGGACUCUUAUUUUUUCUUCUUUUAAUGCUAGGACAGUAAGAUGUCUGUUAAAUGUGACGUUAUCUUGGGUGAUGCUAGCUAGGGUUGCUACAGUAAAUGUUAGUGGAUCUAAUGGACAACACUGCUAACACUAGCUUAAACUCUGAUAGCAUCAAAGUCACAGAUAGUGUAUAUACAACUAAGUGGAUGUGCUAGUGAUAAAAGGGGCACUGCAUUAUUUAAAAAAUUAGCUGCUUGGCCUUUUAGGUAACUACUGUUGGUUAAGCUAAUGAUUGUAUCUUAUGUUAGCGAUGAGAAACACACCUUAACUUAUUUGUCAUGGAAUGGCACCGAUAAGGAACCACCUUAAACUCUGGAAAUACGUCUUUCCACAUUGUGAACAAACCCAAAGCUUGAGAGACCUCUUGUGCUGCGUUACAGUUGCUAAGCUGUGAUUAAACAAUCAUUAAACAAGCCGUGAUUUUUCACAAGCGGUCAGCGCUACUCGUUCUCUGAUACACUGAAUAUUCUAUUUUCUUUAUUCAGUACCCUUGUAGUGUCCGAUUUUGACACUGAUGUUAGGAGUGAUGAUUCUUAAUGUGUAAAAUUACCAAAAUAUUUAUGAUCACUUUCCACCUGCUCCAGGCCUGUCAGUUGUGCAGGGACAACAAAGAAAGAGAAAACCGAAGGUAAAGGAAAGCUGUCCUCUAAAUGAACCUUUUUCUUGCAAUGGAGAAGGAAAGUAUGAGUUGAUAACACCCCCUCCGAUUCAUGCUCUCAUCAUUGAUUAACUCAUAACCAUGUGCCAUAUUUUAUCUUGCGAGACAUACAAGACAAAAAAAACAACAAAAAACAAAACAAAAAAAAAACUAUUGUGUGACAUAUGCUUCUAAUGAUGAAGUUGGUUUUCCUUCCUUUUCAUUUGUGAAUCAUAUUGUGUAAACAAGAAUCUUUGGUGAACAAAGUCAAGGCUACUAGUGUUACUAGAGUGCUGAUGCUGCAAUCUGUUACUAUGUGGAUGUAUGAAUAUGUAUGUGAGAAAUAAGAAUACUUUGAUCAACUGUUACAGGUACUUUAUAUAAAAACCUUUA